AUGAAAACUGAUUUUUUAAAUUUUUGUUUUCCAGUAACUGAUGGGAGAGAUGUUUGUCAGGGUGUAGAUACACGUGGUGAAAAGUUCACUAAUAUUCAAAUUACCACUUUAAAUAAUCCAACAAUUUCUAAUUGUACACCAAGUCCUACAAAUGUUCAACCUGUUGUCCAACCAACUGGGUUACUGUCAGAUAUGCCAGUGGAUCACGUGUCGAUGAGUUGCAGCACACAACAGUAUCAAACGCUAGACUCUGGUAAUAAUAUGGACUUUAGUCAAACACAACAUAAUUCAUCUUGCAACUCACUCCGCCCAGAUUCUCUUCUUUCUACAUCGACAACUACAAGAGAAUCAUCCUAUUCUGAUCUAUCACCAAACUCGCUGUCUUCUCAUGAUUCGGCUUUAGGUGGAGGAAAGUUAAAGUCUGACAAUAUGGGACAACUGAAGACUACUACAAUAAUAUUUAAUAAAGAAAUGUUUAGCAUCCCUAUUGUACGUAAAUUAAAAGUUCCACCAUCUCUCACUCAUUUAGCCGUUGAAUUUUCGACCAGUCGCUUUCAUGUUUAA